CAAAGAUAGACUACGCUGCAAUUCAAAUAGAGUGAAAAAAGCAAGACAUCUAUCUAUGGAGGUGCCAAUUACUCGUGCUUUCAUAGGAAUUUACUUGCAUGCGUAAGAUGAAAUACUCAUUCGAUAACAAAGCUUAUAGAAACAAACAGCUGUGCCAAUUUGCUAAGGCGUCACCUCCCUCAUAAAAAGGGCAAAUUGUGACUACAAAUUACAAUCACUUUAUCAGUUUGCUUUACUAAUUUUCUCUAAUCGAGCGUAGUACAUAUUUUCCACUGGCAGCGAGCACAACUUCAUUCGCUCGAAAUGCGCAGUCUGAUUUUUUCAAUUUUGCUGGCAAUACUUUGCUGCGAAUUGCAAUUUAGCAAUGCCGAUGGUGGCUAUCGCAGCUAUGGUCCUGAAUUCAAGGCCACUGCUGGCAAAGUUUGGCCAAAGCCCCACCAACAAGUUGAGAGCAGUACCUAUUAUGCGGUUAAUGCCACGGAUUUUAAAUUUGUCGCUGUGAACAACAAUUGUGCGCUGCUGGAAGCGGCCUUCACACGCUACGCCAACAUCAUACGCGCGGCAGCAGAGGGCUACAUUCGCGCGCCUGCCACCGCUACCGUUGGUGUCAUCCGAAAAUUCCUUGUCAAUCUGACACAACCCUGCGAAAACUUGCCACAUCUCGACAUGGAUGAGUCAUAUUAUGUACGUGGUGAUGGAGUGGUUAAAGCCAACUCCAUUUGGGGUAUAUUACGCGGGUUGGAAACACUCUCCCAGCUGUUGGUGCCAAUGCCAAGUGGGCUGCUACUUACUCGCAGCACAGAAAUUUACGAUCAGCCCCGCUUCAAGUAUCGUGGUGUAAUGUUGGAUUCCGCAAGGCAUUUUGUGAGUAAGAAGAAAAUUUUACAGCUGAUCGAUGGUAUGGCGUACAACAAGCUGAAUGUAUUUCACUGGCACAUGACCGAUGACUCAGCGUUUCCUUACAACUCAAGCGUUUUUCCAGAGUUGUCAGCAAAGGGCGCUUAUCGACCUGAAUUGACCUACUCCAAGGCCAAUGUGAAGGAAGUGGUGGAAUAUGCGCGUGUACGUGGUGUACGCGUUGUGGCGGAAUUCGAUGCGCCAGCUCACACCGCUUCUUGGGGAGCUUCACAUCCGGAAAUAAUGACAAAAUGCGCAGGAGAAUAUGCGGGCCAAUUGGGGCCAUUAGAUCCAACAAACGAGGGAACGUUUAACUUUCUCUACAAAUUAUUCAGAGAAAUCAAAACCCUAUUCCCCGACAAAUAUUUACACUUAGGUAUCGAUGAAGUCGAUUCGGCUUGCUGGGAAACAAACGCCGAUAUUCAAGCCUAUCUAAAGGCGCAUGGGCUGGACGAUGGCGACUUAUCGUAUCUGUAUUUAGAACGUUUCUCUGCUAACAUCUCAGCAAUGGGCUGGAAGCAGAUGGUGUGGCAAGAGGCUAUGACCGAAAACUUCUACAUGGAAUGGCCUGCCGGCACAGUCGCUCAAAUAUGGUUUGAUUAUAAAAAUACUAUGGCUGCACUUACGAAGAAAGGUUACGAUGUCAUUAUGAGUGAUGGUUGGUACCUGUAUGUGCUGGACACUGGCGCUGAUUGGGAAAAAUUCUAUAAUAUUGAGCCGACAGACUUCAAGGGUAGUAAAGCUCAGAAAGCGCAUGUAAUUGGUGGUGAAGCGUGUCUGUGGAGCGAGUGGAUCAAUGAAUAUAAUGUAUUGCCGACGACGUUUCCGCGUGUCAGUGCCACAGCUGAGCGUUUGUGGUCUUCGCAGAAUGUACGAGAUGUAGAAGAGGCGCGCCUGCGUUUAGAGGAACAUAAUUGCCGUAUGAUAUGGCGAGGAAUUGAAGCGCGACCAGCGAACGGGUUUGGAAUAUGCUAGAAAAGUAGCUAUUUUGAAAGAUUUAUAAAAUGAAGAGUAUAUUGCACCUACCGGCUUCGAAGUAGUAAUCACUCAAAACCCUUACUAGGCUUACAAAGCGAAAAUAAAUUGUGGAAGAAAUUAUAUACUUAUUAAAAACAUUUUAAUGGAGACUUUCUAGUGUUCGCUAUUGUCAUUAUAUACUAUUUAUACUAAUAAAUCUAACUACCGAUAUUUUACAACAGCCGAUUUUUGAAAUAGAGCUAUCAAAUUGGUUGAACCGUGUUCCUCCGAAAACAAUUAAUUUGGUUACCUGGGGUCUACGCUUAUAAUGAUAAACUGGCCAUUUGCUGGAAUAGGUCAUAAGAGCUUGCACAAUUGUUUAUAUUAAAAUAAGAGCUCGCCCCAAACA